GCCUAGCAAAAACCCUGAUCGGUCACCACCAUUUUACUUGAGUUUUCCCAUUCCCUUCCAAACCCCAUCACAGUACCAGUAGGGUCCGGUCUCGGGUUCCCGGAAACCAAUCGUUGUUUUUUUCCUUCUUUCUUUGCUUUUAUAGUAUCAGCAACACUCUCAAUCUCAAAAAUGGAGUCUCCCCAACCUCAACAACAACAACAGCAACAAGGUCCCAAGAAGAGAGGCCGAAAACCAAAGCCAAAGGACGAUAAAGAACAGCAGCAACAACAACAACAACAAAGCGCUGGUAAAAUGAAAGAAGGAAAGAAAGCCCAACAACCAAGCGUUGAUGAGAAGUACACUCAGUGGAAGUCUUUGGUCCCUGUUCUCUAUGACUGGCUUGCCAAUCACAAUCUCGUUUGGCCUUCUCUCUCUUGCCGCUGGGGACCACAGCUUGAGCAAGCUACUUACAAGAAUCGUCAGCGUCUCUACCUCUCUGAACAGACUGAUGGUAGCGUUCCAAAUACUCUUGUGAUUGCAAAUUGUGAAGUUGUCAAACCUAGGGUUGCUGCUGCUGAGCACAUAUCUCAGUUUAAUGAAGAAGCACGCUCACCAUUUGUGAAGAAGUACAAGACCAUCAUACAUCCUGGAGAGGUGAACAGGAUCAGGGAACUUCCACAGAACUCUAAGAUUGUAGCCACACACACUGAUAGUCCAGAUGUUCUUAUUUGGGAUGUUGAAGCUCAACCAAACCGACAUGCUGUUCUUGGAGCUACACAUUCUCGCCCAGAUUUGAUUUUGACUGGACAUCAAGAUAAUGCAGAAUUUGCUCUUGCAAUGUGUCCCACUGAACCCUAUGUACUCUCUGGAGGGAAGGACAAAACAGUGGUUUUAUGGAGCAUCCAGGACCACAUAACUACAACAGCUACAGACCCUACCAAAUCUCCAGGAUCUGGUGGAUCGAUCAUCAAACAGAACAAGCCUGGGGAAGGUAAUGAUAAAGCUGCUGAUGGGCCUUCCGUAGGUCCUCGUGGCAUCUUCUGUGGGCAUGAGGAGACAGUUGAAGAUGUUACGUUCUGUCCAUCUAGUGCACUGGAGUUUUGUAGUGUAGGUGAUGAUUCCUGCCUCAUAUUGUGGGAUGCACGAGUUGGCACUAGCCCUACUGUCAAGGUUGAAAAGGCACAUAAUGCUGAUCUUCAUUGUGUCGAUUGGAACCCCCAUGAUGAUAAUCUUAUCCUGACUGGCUCUGCAGAUAAUACUGUUCGUAUGUUUGAUCGAAGAAAUCUCACUUCUAAUGGAGUUGGAUCACCUAUUUACAAGUUUGAUGGUCAUAACGCUGCCGUUCUAUGCGUGCAGUGGUCUCCAGACAAGUCAUCUGUAUUUGGUAGUUCUGCCGAGGAUGGGCUCUUAAACAUUUGGGAUUAUGACAAGGUUGGCAAAAAGGUGGAACGUGCUUCAAGAUCUCCUAGUACUCCUGCAGGACUAUUUUUCCAACAUGCUGGGCACAGGGACAAAGUCGUUGACUUCCAUUGGAAUGCAUCUGAUGCAUGGACCGUUGUUAGUGUGUCUGAUGAUUGUGAUACCACUGGUGGAGGUGGGACAUUGCAGAUAUGGCGCAUGAGUGAUCUGAUCUACAGACCAGAGGAGGAGGUUUUAGCAGAGCUUGAGAAAUUCAAGGCCCACGUCAUUUCAUGCGCUUCGAAGCCAUGAGAGACGAGAUUGUAAGGAAAAAGGCCAGAAUAUUUCCCAGUUGACUUGUAACAAAACUCCCCUAGUAGCUCUUUUCUUUAGAUUCUUUUACCAUUUACACUGAUUAUGAGUAUGUCGAAGACUGUCAUAUGCACACACCUGGCUCCACCCGGGUACAAAUUAUGAUCAAUGAACUGUUAAACAAUGAACCAUUAAAAUUCUA